GGAACAAUUAUUACUUCACUUUUUUUCUACAUGAACAAUUGAGAAUAGAAAAAUUGGAACUUCAGACAAAACUUGAUAAAAUUGUGCAUCCAAGAUUCUCAUCCUUCUCUCUCUAUUCCUUUUGCUAAUUCUGUGUGUAUUUUCAAGAAGCCCAAUUUUGUGAAAUUGUUGUGUGAAGAAGAAAUCUAUCAAAUGAUAUUACUACAAUCACCCUCUAGAUAUCUCCUUCAGAUCUUGUACAAUCGCCUUCAAAAUCUUGAGAAAGCAGUUGAACUGGACUGUCAAUGGGUUGAAUUUGAUGAUAUCCGUUACCAUAUUCAGGGUUCAGUGAAAACUCCAAAUGUCCUGCUUCUUUCUGUAUCAUUUCCCAUACCACCUCCAGAGACUAUCCUCUUUGGUGGACUUCCUCUUGGAGCGCUAGAAGCCAUAAAAGCAGCAUAUGGUGUAGUUGCACAGAUCCUUGAUCCUCCAAGAGAUGGCUUUAAUCUCACACUUAAGCUGAACUUGGCAAAACUUCCAUCAGAUGAAGAACAAAAAAAUGCACUCUUGACAAAGAUUGCAUCGGUGAGGGAGGUAGUAAUGGGAGCCCCACUGAGAGCAGUUUUAAAACAACUUGUUACAAGGACAAUUCCUCCUGAUCAAGGCAAGCCCAUUGCCCUGGUUCAUCGUCCUAAUGAGUCUUUUUUCCUUGUACCUCAGGCAGACAAGGUGACAGUCAUAUUUCCUAUGAGAUUUAGUGAUUCCAUAGAUACCGUUCUAGCAUCAUCCUUCCUACAGGAAUUUGUUGAGGCAAGGCGAACUGCUGGACUUAACAAUGCCCCUCCUUGUUUGUGGUCUCCAUCUCCUCCUGAAGAACUGAACGAAGUGUUUACAGAAGCAUUAUCUGCUAACGCCGGAUUUGUUAGUUUUGUAAUUUUUUCUCGCCACGUGGAAGGCAGAAAGCUGGACAGAACUGUCUGGAACCUUUCAACCUUUCAUGCUUACGUAAAUUAUCACGUUAAGUGUACUGAAUGUUUCAUGCAUACUCGAAUGAGGCGUCAGGUGGAGUCAUUGAUACAGCAAUAUGUUCAUGCUUGUUCCCAUGAGGCUGAAUGUGGAGGUUUUCGAACAGUUCUUCAUGCAAUACUAUCAAAAUGUAUGAGUUUGUUUCUCUUUGGCAUCAGGCUCUUGACCGUGCCAAACCAGAUACGGAGAAGGCCAAGAAAAGCUCACCAAGCAGAUCAUUUAAAAGAAUGAGCCUCAAGGAUGGCAAUAACAGUUUAGGUUCGCGAAGUUGGAAGUAGAAAAUCGGAGAGUGGAAGAUUACUUGGCCUGAAAUUAUUGUAAACACAGCCUCUUCUCUAGUAAACUGCAUUUACUACUUGUGUUCAUAUUUAUAGUUGUCCUUGUAAAUUUUAUGGAAUAGUCUUCGGCAUUAGAAGGGGAGCCUUGGAUUAACUGGUAAAGUUGCUGCCAUGUGAUCAGGAGGUCACGAGUUCAAGCGUUGGAAACAGCCUCUGGCAGAAAUGCAAGGUAAGGCUGCGUACAAUACAUCCUUGUGGUGGGGCCCUUCCCCGGACCGUGCGCAUAGUAGGAGCUUUGAUACACCGGACUGCCCUUUUUAGUCUUUGGCGUUAGAUUUAAACUUUUCCAUGUUGCUGAAGCUUCAAGUUUUGGUUAGCAGAGUGCAUUUGUUUAGGUUCAUGCAAAUGAAUGUAAGAUUGCUUUGUAACAACUUGCAAUAUUCCCAUUUUAUAAAGUUGAAAUUUUGUCUUCU